GCGCGGCGAGGAGGCUCGCGCCCGGUGACCGCGCUUAGGGGCCGUCGGGACGAGACGCGGGCGGCGCGAGUCGGCCAGGGUGCCGCUCGCCGUGCCCCUCUGUUCUUCACCCGUCAAGGAUCCUGGGGAGGGUGUGGAGCCAGACCCCAAGAAGCAGCUGCGCAAAUUCGAGAAACUCCGCAGGUUGUGGACAAGCUGGUGACUAGGUAAGGAAGGCUUCAGGGGACCUUCCUGACCCAGGAACAGAACCCGCAGGGACAGUUUCCUGCGCUGGCAGGCGGAUUAUUCUUUACUGCUGAGCCAGCAGGGCAGCCCACUGUAAAGAAGGCACGUGACUGAUGAGCAGCGCGGCGAGGCUGCCGAGUGGGGCGGAGGGGCAGGCCUGGGAAACAGAGGACGAUGACGCGGCAGAAGGCGACCUAGGGUAUGGCCUCGGAAGAAGGCCUGGCGGCAUUUGUGAAGUGCAAGUUUCACAUGUAUUUAAAUCUAGAAAAAGAUCAGAUGGAAAGAAUUCUAGUCCUCCCCUUUUUUCAAGAAACGGGGACGAAAGAAACGGAGCCGUUUUUCAGUAUUCCAGACAGAAGGGCUUUCAAGAUACACACCUGGAAGGACCCCGAAUUCCCUGUCACAGGCGACAAAGUAGCUCCGAUUCUAAUUCAGAGUUGUCAAAUGUGGAUUUAAGGCAACGUCUUCAUGAAACUUUAGAGGAGGUAGAAAUUUUGAAAACUGAACUUGAGGCAUCUCAGAGACAACUUGAAGGUAAAGAGGAAGCAUUGAAAAUUCUUCAAAGCAUGGCAAUAUUUGGCAAAGCCACAAGUCAUACCCAGGCAGUGCUUCAAAAAACUAUGGAACAAAAGAGAUCCUUGGAGAAGGAAAUAAAUGCUUUGCAGUGGGAAAUAGAAUUUGAUCAGAAUAGAUUUAAAAAUAUAGAGGAAUCUUGGAUCCAAAAAUAUGACAGGCUAAACUGUGAAAAUGCAGUCCUCAAAGAAACUUUGAAACUAAAAACAGAAGAAAUUAAAAUGCUCAAGUCUGAAAAUGCAAUUUUGAAUCAACAGUAUUUGGAGGUGCUCGCCAUGCUUGAUAUCAAACAGCAGCAGAAGAUGGCUCAGGAAGACACCUGCCAGGAUAGAAGUGGCUUUACAGAGGUUUCAGGUCUUGAGCUUGCAGUGCUGGGAGCCUGCCUUUGUCACCGUCCCAGAGGGAGCCCCUGCGCUUGCGCCAAACUGGCCGCGUCCACUCGGAAAAUGCUCCUGCAGCUCAAACGGGAGCUGGAACUUCUGCAGAAGAGUAAAGAAGAAGCCUACAUAAUGGCAGAUGCAUUCAGAAUUGCAUUUGAGCAACAAUUAAUGAGGAAAAAUGACCAGGCACUAAGAUUGACACAAAUGGAUAAAAUGUGUAAGAAAGCAACAAAAUGGAUAAGUUGGCAGCACCUUAAAGAAGAUGGGUCACUAUCCCAAGGGAGUAAGAAGACCUUAGGGCAGAAAUUGUUGGGUAUGCUCCGUUCAGAAAACAGUUCUAAGAGUACCAAUGACCAGGACGAUCCUCAGGAAAUCUUUCAGAUGCUAAUAGACUUGUUGAAUGAUAAAGAAGAAGCUUUGGCUCAUCAAAGGAAAUAGCAGCAUGUGCCUUUCAGGAUCUUAGUUCCCCAACCAAUGAUUGAAUCUGUGCCCUUGGAAGUGAAAGCAGAGUCUUAACCACUGGACCAUAGGGAAUUCCCAGAGUUAACUUUUGUAUGGUAAGGGGCUUUUCCAUUUUUAAGAACUACUGAACAGUUACUGGGAGUGUAAAUUGAUACAGCUACUUUGGAGAAGUAUGACAGUAUCAAUGCUACUUGAAAAUGUACAACUGUGUAACUAUGACCUCACAAUUACAAUUCUAAAUAUGUACAACUCCUGCAUGUACAUAUAAACAUCUUUUUUUUUUCACAACUGUGAAAAAAUUUAAAUAACCUAAAUGUCCACGUGACAGAAUUCUAAAGAUGGCCCUCUCAUGAUUUCUGUCCUGAUUAUUCAAGCAUUCAAUCUAGGAACUGCUAUGAAGGGACGUUUAAGACUUACAAUUAAGCCUUUGGUGAGCUGACAUUAGUUUAUCAGGUGAGUCCUUAAAAAAAAGAAAAGGAAGAAUUUUCUCUAUUGGCAGCAGAUGAGGAAGCCACAGAUUUGACACUGUUGCUGGUCUGCAGAUGGAGAGUGACAUGCAACCAGGCAAGUGAACUGCCUUCAGCUAGCAAGGAUAAGAGGCAUGUGCAUUAAAACGACAUGAACUGUAUUAAUUAGGAAGCAGAUUCUACCUUAUAGCCUCAAAUAAGAGUGCAAAGUCCAACUGACAUCCUGAUAUUGGCUUAUGUAAAAGAAACAACAACAACAAAAAAUUACAGUUGAUUGAUGAGAGGUAUCUGACCUAUAGGGCUAGGAGCUAAUAAAUUUGUGUUACUUUAAACUGCUACAUUUAUGGUAACAUUUAUAUAGCAAAAGAAAAACAACAUGGUCUGUAAAUAGAGCAUGUGUAAGAUAUGAUAUCAUAAGAUGUGAUAUAUGCUAUAAAUUAUAUGGCAGCUAAAACAGAAACUAGAUUUAUAGGGAUUAACAUAGAAGAUACUUAAAAGUUCUGAGUAAAAA